AUGGACAUCGAUGACCUCCUUGCCGAAGUUGCCGCAGACUCGACGCCACAGGAGACACAUGAUCUUCAAGAAUUGACACGUUGUUGGGUUGCAGAGCGCGUUGCGCCUGAGAUACUGCCAUGGCCAAGUGAGUUGAUGGAAAGGGUGUUGGAGAGAAUUCGACGGCAGAUUGAAAUGGUGGAAGACCAGACGGGUAGCAUGGAUCCCAAGACGAACUUCAAGUUGAUCAUCAUACAGACGGAGCUGGAGAGGUUCAAAUUCCUGGUCAGGAGCUUCCUGCGGGCUAGGAUAAAAAAGGCAUGUCGUGCUGCUCCUCGUCGACCAAGGCUAGGGGUGCUAAUUGCGCAUCAGAUCGAUGCACAUCCACUCCACAUCAAGGCACUGCACGAGAACUCGAUUGAUAGCGUACGACCCCUUCUCUCUUCCGCCGAGUAUCAGUACCUCGAAUCUCACCAAUCGCUGCUGUCGGCACAUUAUUCUUCCUCCUUCCUUGGCCAGUUUCCUCCAGCGUUACGGCGACUGGACGAUCCCUCAGGUGGAGUCAGCAUGAUUGAGAAGCCAGACGAGGAUAAAGCGGUGUUUGUGCGGGCGCUUAGAGAUGUAGGGGAUAUCUUUGUGGAAGGCACGGAUCGAAGAUUCCAAAUGAAGAGAGGGGAUGUGUGGGUGGUCAGAUGGAGCGCGGUGAAAGCGUGGACGGUUGGGUCGGGGACGGGAGACGUUGAGUUGAUCUAA